AUGGGAUCGGGCAAAGAAGAGAGGCUCUUGCGUUCUUCUGAAAUCGGAGACUUCAGCAGGCAGCAUCACCGUCAACCUUUACCACCAACGCCCAAGGUUGGAUCUCUAUUCCCUCCCUCGACGCGGCAUCCAAUCGAGCUCGAUUCUGUAAUUGAAUUUGGCAACACCUUCUCGCAGGUGGGCUUAGACGCACGUCGAAUUUCAUUGAAAGACCCCAACACAGGCAAACCAGAAUACUCAGACAAAAUUCAUCUUCCGGUCAUUCCAGUAUCUGCUCACGAGCAGUUCCGACAAAACAUCGCAAAUCUCCUCCGGUCAACUAUCAUGGCAGAAAGAGAGCCCAAAUUCAAGCCAAAGGAGGUCAAAGGACUGAAGAAGAUACCGCCGUAUUGGUAUCCCUAUACUACGAUGACGAAAAUGCGUUGGAUCGGAAGGGAGCUGCUAGAGGUUGUUUCUACCGAGUUCCGGGAUCGGUCUAUGGAAUACUACAGAUAUGCUUUAGAGUCAGGAGUAACAACUGUAAAUGGGAAGAUUGCUCGCCCAGACACCAUACUCAAAGACGGAGAUCGCGUCGAGAAUGUUGUUCACCGCCACGAACCGCCAGUAACGUCAACGCCAGUCAAGGUUCUACUUCACGAUGCCGAGCGCGAAUUCAUAGUGGUGAACAAACCUGGCAGCAUCCCCGUGCACGCAUCCGGACGCUACUAUCGCAACUCGCUCAUCGAAAUCCUUGUCGAUGACUUCGGAUACGAAAAGUGCUAUCCCGUGAAUAGGCUGGAUAGACUGACAUCCGGCUUGAUGAUCAUCCCAUUGUCUGCGAAGAGAGCUCGACAGUUAACAAAUGAAUUCAUGGCUGGCACAGUCCGGAAGGAAUACGUUGCUCGUGUCCAAGGACAGUUCCCCUCUGAAGAGAUUACAUGCGAAGAGCCGUUAUUGACAGUAGAUCGUCAAAUGGGGCUGAACAUCGUUCAUCCUGAAGGCAAGAGCGCCAAAACCGUUUUCAACCUCAUCCGUUACGACGAAAAUACCGACAGCAGCGUAGUCAGAUGCAAGCCAUACACUGGUCGGUCGCAUCAACUUCGGGUUCAUCUACAAUUCCUUGGUUAUCCCAUCGCAAACGAUCCUGUCUACUCAGAAAAGAAGAUCUGGGGUGACAAUGUCGGAAAGGGAGGUAUCGACGUCGUCCCAAGCGAUGAACGAGAAGCCCCAGCCCCUCCUUCCCAUCUGCAGGCGAUGGUGACAGAAACAGGCAGCCCCGAAACACUGAAAACAACGGCUGAAGACGCAAGUGGUGGAUCAACUGCAAAGAAACUACCCCGAGAAACAGGAGAGGAUAUCGGCAUGGGGUCGCCAGUGCCGCUAUCGAAAGAGGCUGUGGGGGUUAUUACACGGUUGAGGAACAUGAAGGAUGAAGAUGAGGAUUGGAGUAGAUGGAGAGACGUCGUCUUCCGGGCCAAGGGCCUUCUGAGGCCCAGCAGUAUCGUCAUCAAGCCUCCACCACCACAGAACAGACGGAGACGAGGUGGGAAGGCGGAAGUAAUGCCCGUCACCCCCAAUGUCGGCCCAUCUCCUGCAGCAAGCACAACACCGUGUUCCUCGGACGCUACAAGGGCUCAGUCCACGGAACCAGAGACUCCCUCGCCUCCGACGACAUUCCAAGUCGAUCCCAAUAUGAACUCUCCCCCUCAGCUCUCUGUGGAAGGAGCUGUCGCAAAGGUCUCUUUGGCAGAGCCUGCACCAGAAGUUAUCGAUCCUGCUGACUCCGACCACAUAUUCUGCCCGGAAUGCUAUCUUCCACUGCACCCUGAUCCCAAACCCGAGAUGCUGUACAUCUUCCUACACGCGCUGAAAUAUACGACAAGUCUUGGCGAGUUCUCGACAGAUAUGCCAGAGUGGGCUGCAGAGGGAUGGACAUGGGACCAGACAUAG